AUGUUCGAUGGUAGGCAAUCGAAAACGUUUGACGGGGAAUUUUCUGUCAAUAUUAGCUAGUCCUACUGAGUGGGCAAGUAACCUUUCCCUUCCUAAAAAUACUAUUUGUGAUGUCAUAAAGGUCUACGUUCCAUGACGUAGCAUGUAGCCCUAAAUUACAGUCCCUGCCUGCAAUAUUGUCCUCACUCUCGACCUGAACUCAAGUUGAAUGUAACCAACACAGACAAGGACAUGCUUUUUGAGAUAUAAAAUAGCUUGAAUGGAUGAAGAAAAGGUAAGCUAAAUGACUUCAUACAAUAUUGGGGGAAAGUAAAAUAGGGUAAAGCAAUCUAAGCGGAUAUUUCUUGUAAAAAGCUAUAACAUAUUGUAAAGCAAAUGUACCAUUCUUUAUAAAGUCACCAGCUUAGCUCUGAUAUGGCUGUAGCUCUAUUUAUGAUGUCCUCUGCACAGAUCUACUCUGACAUUGACAUAUUAUUACUUAUUGGAAUGUCUGUCCUUCAGGUAGCACAGAGGGAGGAUGGUGAUCCUCAGAGGGAAGGAAAGGAAGUUGUUGAGGAAGAACCGGUGGCCACGCCCAAAGAGGAGGCCAAGAAGAGAAGGAAGGCAAAAAGGAAGAGGAGUGGCAAGAAGUCAAGGAAGCUGGGCACUGACAACGAUGCAGUCUCCAGGAAUAAACACCUGGAUAGAGGAUCUGUAAUUGAGCUCCUGGAGAAGAAAGCUGUUAAGGCUGCAUUCGGCCCAGGCAACAAGGAUGAGAUGGAAUACUCCUACCCAAUCCUCAUCUCAUUCCUGCGCAAUCUUACUGAUGAGCAGUGGCAAGUGAUCUACAAAGGACUAAAAAACCCUAUGACGAAGGAACUGCUUGCCAAAUUGUGCAAGACAAUUGUAACCUUCAUCGCACAGACCACCCUGCAGAUCCUGCUGCCAGCCCUGGCCCGCGUACUUGGGGUAAAGGACUUUGCUGACGACGACACUGACUCACCCAAGAGGGGUGGUAGUGCAAGAUCCUUUGCUGCCUUUGACAAGGAAAGACUGGAGCUCAUCCAGGAAGUUAGAUAUCUGGCGAAGAAAAUGUAUAAGGGCGGCACAGGGGCUCAACAUCUCAGGUCCCUAACACCCUCUUCUAAGAGUUCCCAGACCUCAGUGAAAGUCCACCUGGGAAUGACAGAGGACAGAAUCAUCAAAAGUGUCCAGGAGCAACUGUCUGAUCAUAAUAUCCUGUCCUCUUGCCCACCUGAGCUGACUGUUGGUCUUAUCAAGGUGGUGGUCGAACAGCUUAACUCUGCCCUCUCUGCGACCAUCAGCAGAGCCAUUUCAGGGCGGUCCUCCCCUAUUUCUUCUGGUACCCAGGCCGCUGAACAAAUGGUCAACAUGGUCCAGAAAUGUUUUGAUGAUCACACCACCCCAGAGGACCAGAGCUCUACCUCUGUAUUAGAGUCAUGCAUUCCACCUGCAACAGAAGAAGUGAUGACUGUUAUCGCAGAGAUGGUGGGUGAAUUGGAAAAAGAAGAUCCGGAAUUGGCUAAGGUUUUUCGAGAAGUGGCUGUGAAAGUUAAAAUGUUGGCAUCUGGCAGUGACCUUGUAGUGGAGCACCUGGAUGUUGAAGACUCUCCUGUUCCAGAGGAGCUGAACAUAAUAUGUACAUCUUGCAAAGCAAUGAUGCAAAAUCUUGGCACUCUGUUUAGUGUGAAGUUCAAGACCAAAGCCUCAAAGGCUGUGAGUGAAAUUCUUGUGAGAAGGUUAAUGAGCGAUAUCUCUGGUAUGGUUCAACCUUCUCAUUCGUUUAGUACCACUCCAAGCUUGAUGAAUGCAUCUAGCCCAUCUGACAGGAUCCUUGAUUCUGCGGCCAUUGAGCUCAUACAGAUCAAAGUAGAAUCUGAGACAUCAAAAAUAAUUGAUAACUUUGUUGAAGAUGUCAAGGACAUUGUGCAGUAUGCUGAAUUAGAUCGGCCAACAAGCACCCAGAGAGAUACCCAAGUGGGACACUGUACGACAAAGCGGAAACCCUUCCGUGCAGCUCGUAGACUCUGCGAGAGACUUCAGGCAAAGCUGGAGACAUUGUUCCUCAGAAUGGGUGGAGCUCCAGUCCAAGGGGAAGAACUUAUGGAAAAAGCUGACUCCAGUGCUGUGCUUCUGGAGCAUACUGACUCCAGUGAUCUGCCUGUUUCAAUCCUGAGCUUGCCUUCCCCAUGUAGGAGUGAAUCCCCUAUAUCAGAACGUAGUUCAUCUUCUUUAUCUGAUGGAUGUGAUUCAACUGACUCUGUAGGAGAGAAAACACCAGAGCAACCUGAAACCAGUAAGAGUGAGGCAAUACUGCAAGUGGUCAACUCAACAGGACUUGGUUCUCUCCGUAAAUGCCAAAGUGAGAACUCUCAACCAUUACUGUCUCUCUGUGAUUCCAACAUGGUGCCCUGCACCAAAGAGGUCUUGUCCCAGAUUGUGACCAUGUAUAGGUCAGAGGUGGCAGAUUUGGAAUGCACAUCAUCUGUUGCAGAGGGUUCCUCUUCCAACUCCCUUGAAGUCUGUGGCUUUUUGGACAGUGUCAUGUCUUAUCUAGAAGACAUGCCUGUGUCUGGUUCUUCAUGGUUGGAAGGAUUGAGAGAUACUCCAGCCUCAGUCAUUGAGAAACUCUCCAGUGAGGAGUUCCAGAUGAACGCUACCAACGAAGUGCGAAAAAUACUGAUCAAAUCAGUCAGUAGCUUUCCCAGCAAAGUCAGUUCCAGCCAGACAGAUUCUCAGAUGUUGCCAGCAAAAUCAACAAUUUCCUUAAGGCAUACAGAUAUAACUGCUUUUGAAAUCGUUGGAUCAAUUACAAAUGACAUGAAGAGCCUUUUCCCACCCACAGAGUCUUCUACUACUCUAUGGCAGGCAGACUCUAUGCUUCAACAGAGUGAUGAGAAAACCUCAGAGUACACUGAGGCCACACCCAAAGGCUCACAGUCUGGUUUGGAAGUAUCUGAGAAGAAGAUCUGGACAACUGCAAAGACUAUUUACCACAAUGUGAAGACAAAGAUGAGGAAUUAUUUUACAUGGCAAAAUCAAGUCAAAGCAACAACGGCUCAUGCCAAAAAGACCCUCAGCCAUAUUCUGGUUUCAAUUCAGAAAGAGCUGUCAAAAUCUGACCAAACGGUGACUGCGCUUUCACAAAUAGAGAAUGUGGUUGGAAUGAUGCUGAAGGAUGUUGAAAGGGUAAGCAGUGAAUGUGGUGAGGAACUGAUCUAUCAAGCGUCACAGCGUUCUUCCUCCUCGUUGUCAUCCUCAUCUGCCAGAUCAAAGAAGUCAGAGUGGGAAUUUUCACUCCCUGGCACUCCCAUCUCUUCUGAUUUACCAGAGUGUAUUACUCAGCCCAUUGUGAGAUGCUCAGUCAUCGACAUGGGCAAAUCUACUAAGCCAAAAACAUUGGUGUGUGAUGCCAGGGAAAGCAUGUCUGCAAUAGUGGAUACCAUCAUAAAGGAGGUACAUCCAGAGGAAGAAGGGGAGGUUGCAUUCCACCCUGAUCUAACAGCUGCAAUAGCAAGACUGGAGGAGCUCAUAUCUCAGGGUAGGAUUGGUGCUCUCUCACGUGAUCUUACUCACCAAGUCAACCGCAUCAUUUCUGAGAGCAACUUGACCCCUCUGGUUCUGACAGUGGCGGCUGGAAAGAGUGCAUCCGAUACAGUCCUUACUGAGCUGAAGAGGAAUGACAAGACGGUGGGGAAGCCCACAGCUUACAAGCUGGUUCAGCUUUUUGCAGAGGAGUCUGUGAAGCGCCUCUUGCUUCCUAGCCUUGUGCCCUCUACAGCUUCAAUGAGUUUGGCUCAGGGAGUUAGUGUGCCGGCUAGCGUAUCUGAAGAUAGGAUUUCAUGUUCUUUUUCUACAUCAGCAUUUAGUGACACAGUCAGCCUGUUUACCAAAGUAAUGGUAAGCCAGGUCAUGGACUCUGUGGUUUCUGAUGCACAAAGCAGAGGGUCAUCUCCAACCGGAACUGUAACUGAUAUAGGCAGUCUACUGAGUGGUAAGUCCUACCCUCUGCCAUCUUUCUCCGCCAUCAGCAUGACAACAAGUGGGACCUCCAAUGCUGCACGAGGCUUUGAGGCCAACAUAGAUGCUGAGGAAAGGGAUACCAUCAGUUGUUUCGGUGUACCUCAGAGCAUUGUUUGUGAUCAGAAUUCAACCAGCCCGGAUGUUGCCUCGCUUUCAACCCCAUCCACUGACAACUUAGUCGGUGAUGAUGACUUCACCGGCCUCAUCAGCAUGUUAGUGGUGAGACUUCUGUCAAAAAUCCAAACCCAAACUGAUCUGUACCCAACUGACGUCACACGCACGUCACAAGACCUGAUUCCAAAAGUUAUAGCUGCCUUCUGUGCAUGGUCAGGCUGCUCUGAGACCCAAGCUUAUCCCAAGAACCUGAAGAGUCACAAAGUAUACAGCACCGUCUACAAACAUCUGUUGAAGGAGUUUGGCUCAGAGAAAAUACUCCAACUGGCCGUGUCGACUCAGGACUCCACAUUCAAUAGGAUUCUUGUGAAGUCAUUGAGCAAGGAGCUUCUCCACAGUUGUAACGAGGCAUCAAGAGCAGCCUCAAGAACAUCUUUCGAAGCCACCAUGCCAGAAGCUCUUCUCAUGGCUGAAGAUGUGAAGGCUACCAGAGGGAAGCUGUCUUUCCUACAAAGGCUUGCCAGACUGAAAUUCGACUUAAAGCCAUUCAUGAUGGGAAACAAGAAGGAUUCCAAGAAGAAUUCCCGCCAUUCUGAAUCCAAAGACCAGACUACUGCUGAAGAUAUCAUAUUGGCACAUCCUGGACUCCCAGCGGGUCUUCCCUCCACCUCUCAACAGGAGAAGCCUCGCAAACGUCCCCUUCUAAUCAGGAUGUUUUCCACCAUCUCCAUAGGCCUAUCCAAGCCAUUCAAACGGUUUUCAAAGCUAGCUUAAUACAACAAUUUCCUUUAAUACAGUAAUAUUUGCAUUGAAUUGAUGGCCUUUGUCUUCUUUUGUGUUGCCCUGUUAACACAUUUGAUUAGAAAAUACAUAGUAUAUUUAGUUUAGUUUAUUAUGCAGUCAUAGUCACGGUGUAGGCUAAACAUAGUAAUGUUGUCCUGAAUAAUGUAUAUAACAUGCACCCCCCACCCACCCACACACAGUGUGAUUCAUUGAACACACACACAUAGUACUUCAGAUAUGUCCCACAACCAACAUUCAACCAGAUAUCAAUGAUUCAGUGUAAAAUACAUGUACUGUAAAAUAAACCGUAUUUAAUUUACAACCAAUAAAAUAAUACAUGAUGCAGGACA